AAAUAUAAAUAAAUAGAUAAAUAAAACCAGAAAUCCAUCAAGAAAUAAAGAAAGAAAAAGAGUUAGAAUUUGCAUCACUUGGUGCUUCUGUUGCUGUUUCUUUCAUUUUAAAUUAUGGAUACCGGAGUAGAAUCGUCGCCGGAAACGGGGGUGGUGGUUGGUGGAAUUGCGCUUGAUUUUCCUGUCAGUGAUACGGUACCGUUUUCGUCUCCGAGGAGAAUACCGAGAAAGCUUCAAAAAAGACUCUUAGAAGCCAAGGCUCCAACAACUAGUAGUGUUGAAGAAAUCGAAGCUAAACUCCGACACGCUCAUCUCCGUAGACAGCAAUUCUAUGAGAAGUUGUCAAGCAAGGCUAGACCAAAGCCAAGAAGCCCCUCACAGUAUUCAUCUCAUGAAGACGACCUUGCGCAACGCCUUGAAGCAAAGCUUCACGCUGCGGAGCAAAAAAGGCUCAGCAUUCUGGCAAAUGCUCAGAUGCGCCUGGCUAGGUUGCAUGAGUUGCGGCAGGCAGCUAAAACUGGGGUGGAGAAGCGUUUUGAGAGAGAAAGGGAGAGGCUUGGAACAAAAGUGGAGUUACGGGUUCAGCAGGCUGAAGCAAAUAGAAUGCUUAUGCUCAAGGCUUACAGGCAAAGAAGGGCCACAUUGAAGGAGAGAACAUCCCAAUCAUUAUUGCGAAGAAGGGCUCGGGAAAGUAAGUACAAGGAGCGUGUACGUGCAGCAAUUAACCAAAAGCGUGCAGCUGCUGAAAUGAAGCGUAUGGGAUUGUUGGAAGCAGAAAAGAAGAGGGCAUGUGCUAGGUUGUUGCAAGUUCAGCGAGUAGCUAGGUCUGUCUCUCACCAACGUGAGAUUGAGAGGAGGAGAAUGAGGGAAAAGCUGGAAGAUCGACUGCAAAGGGCAAAGAGACAGAGAGCAGAAUUUUUGAGGCAAAGAGGACUUCAGCAUAGUUCAGUUCGGGUAAACUGGAAUAAGACGCACCAGCAGGCUGAUCUCCUUUCUAGAAAAUUAGCAAGGUGCUGGAGGCAGUUCCUUGGGUCAAGGAGAACUACCAUAGACCUGGCAAAAGACUAUGAUGCCUUGAAAAUCAAUGAGAACUGUGUGAAGUCAAUGCCAUUUGAGCAGCUUGCUCGUCUGAUUCAAUUGACUGGUACUCUUCAGACUGUAGAACGUUUGCUUGAUCGUCUUGAGAGCCGCUUUAGAGUCUCAAUGGCUGUUGCUGCCAUGGAUCAUCCUUCCAGCUUGGACAACAUUGAUCACCUUCUCAAAAGAGUUGCCACCCCUAAGAAAAGGACCACACCCAGGUCUUAUACAAGGAGUAGAGAGGCCAAAAAAGUAGGUGCCUCUGGGGACUCUGCCAGACGUCCUGCUAAAAUGUCUAGGUAUCCAGUGAGAAUGGUUCUUUGUGCCUACAUGAUUUUAGGUCAUCCAGAUGCUGUUUUCAGUGGUCAAGGGGAGCGUGAGAUUGCUCUGGCCAAGUCUGCUGGAUCUUUCAUCCGAGAGUUUGAGCUGUUGAUAAGGAUUAUACUGGAUGGGCCCAUGCACAGUUCUGAUGAGGAGUUUGAAUCCAUUUCACAGAAACGUUGCACUUUCAGGUCUCAGCUUGCAGCUUUUGAUAAAGAAUGGUGCUCCUACUUGAAUUGCUUUGUUGUGUGGAAGGUUAAGGAUGCACAGUCAUUGGAGGAGGACUUGGUGAGAGCUGCUUGCCAGCUUGAGCUCUCUAUGAUCCAGAAAUGCAAGCUCACCCCAGGAGGGAGUAGUGAUAUUCUUACUCAUGAUAUGAAAGCCAUUCAGAAUCAGGUUGCAGAAGACCAAAAACUUUUAAGGGAAAAGGUACAACACCUGAGUGGAGAUGCUGGUAUCAGGCGAAUGGAAAUUGCACUAUCUGAAACACGAUCAAAGUAUUUUCAAGCCAAGGAAAAUGGAAGUCCAGUAGGGUCACCACUAAUGCAUCUUCCAUCUCCUAGCAUGCCCCUAUAUGCUCCUUCUGUUGCUAACACUGCUAAUAGAAAUAAUGUGAGUGAUGGUAUUCAGAGGCCAAGCCAUGUAGUUCGCUCCUUAUUCAGAGAAGAUACCUCCUCAGCUAAAGAAUUUGGUUCCUCUGCAAGUAGCAGCUGUUGCUUAGAUGGUCCAUCAGGUUCUGCUGUUGGAAAAUCAUUAACAGAGAAUGAAUUGAUCGUAAAUGAAUUUCUCCAUGAGAAACGCCAUGGUUUUGUUGAGAGAUUCAAUAUUUCUGACAAAGAUGAAAGUAGUAUCAAGGCAAAGGUGAGAGAGACAAUGGAGGCAGCUUUCUGGGAUAGUGUCAUGGAAUCAAUGAAACAAGAUGAGCCCAAAUAUGAUCGGGUCGUUCAACUUGUGGGGGAGGUGAGGGAUGGAAUUCAGGAGCUGGCUCCAGAGAGCUGGAAACAAGAGAUUGUUGAAGCUAUUGAUCUAGAUCUUCUCUCUCAGGUUCUAAAGUCAGGUAACCUGGACAUUGGUUACUGUGGAAAGAUUCUAGAGUUUGCAUUAGUUACGUUGCAGAAACUCUCCUCUCCAGCCCAGGAGGAUGUAAUGAAGGCCCUGCAUAAGAAAUUGUUGAAAGAGUUGGCUGAGACUUGUCAGACCCAAGAUGAAUCGAAGCAUCCACAUAUUGCUGCAAUGAUCAAGGGUCUACGCUUUGUGCUGGAGCAGAUUCAGGCUCUCAAGCAAGAGAUUAGUAAAGUACGAAUAAGGAUGAUGGAGCCUUUGUUAACAGGUCCUGCUGGUUUGGAUUACCUUAGAAAAGCCUUUGCCAAGCAUUAUGGGUCUGAUUCAGAUGCCUGUAUCUCUCUACCGCUGACAAUGCAGUGGCUUUCAUCUGUUAAGAAUAGUGAAGAUCAAGAGUGGGAAGAGCACAAGAAUUCUCUCUUUUCUUUGAAGAGCGAUGACAGUUCAUCACAGGUUUCUGUACCUCUCACUACCCUUAGAACCGGUGGAAGCUUUCUGGCCAAAACAAAUGGCAGUGCAAUGGGUUCUACUUCUGUACCUUCAGAGACAGAUAACCAACAACCAGAACCAGAAUGCACUGGUGAAAGAAUUGAUUUGUUGGUGAGGCUUGGAUUGUUGAAGAUUGUGAGUGGGGUUUCUGGUCUGACAAAAGAAACUUUGCCUGAAACUUUUAUGCUAAACCUGUCUCGGUUGAGGUCUGUGCAGGCUGAAAUUCAGAAAAUGAUAGUAAUUUCUACCAGCAUUCUUGUUUACCAGCAAACCCUCCUGACAGAGCGAGCGGUAAACAGCAAUGCAGGCAUGGAAAGCAUUCUAUUAGAGCGCAGUAAUAAAUUGUCAGAAGUCCUAGACCGUGUUGAUGAUGUAGGUAUUGAAGAAAUAGUCGAAGUAGUGAGCGGGUUCUCGCAAGAUGAUGAGAAGCAUAAGCCAAGAAAGUUGGUCAUGGCUAGGAUGUUAGCAAAGAGCUUGCAGGCCGGGGAUCCUGUUUUUGAAAUAGUUUCCCGCGCUGUUUAUCUGGCUCUAAGGGGAAUUGUGCUUGGGGGCAGUGGACCCUGGGGAAGAAAAUUGUCACAGGCGGCACUCCGGUCAAUUGGAGCUGUCAUGCUGGCAGAAAGAGUGGUGGCAACUGCUGAAGUAUUAGUGGUGGCAGCUACCGUAUCAAUCGGCGUUCACAGGCCAUGGUAUAUAACUCUGACCGAUAACAUGUGAUGUAUUCGUGCUGUGUAAGAGAGGUGAAUAAAUAAUUCAUGCACGCCUGUACAGGGAACCGUGUGUAAGGAAAGCUUGUGAUUAAUUGCAGUUGUAGAAGGGAUAACGUGGGGGUGUGAUAUGAGAAUUCUUCUCGUGUAAUGGAACAAGAAGACGCUGUAAAUAUUAUUAUUUAAGAUAACAUCAAAGCUUCUGCUUGUUUAUUUAUUUAUU